AUGAGCUCAUUUUAUACUGGUAUUGUAGGUGUGAUUGAACGGAGUUGUAUAGCGUUAGUGAGAGGCCGACCAGGUCGCGUGAACCGCGAGUCUUCGCCGAUGUGUAUGAGGCGAGGGGCGGAGGCUCCGGCCGCGGUCGGGGGCUCCACUGAGUCCGUCGGAGUAGUCUCACACACGGACACGACACACAACACGGAACAGAUACAACUACAAAUAGAUGAACAGGAGCUGUAUCUCCGUGAGCGGGAGGCGGUGCUCCGCGGUUGGGGCGACCUGCAGGCCGAGCUGCGCGCGCUACAUGACGCAUGGCAGACCGUGCAGGCCGCCGCGCUCGCUCACAAGACACAGGUGCAUGAGGUGUCCAAAGAUGUCGCAGAAGCUUCUGACAACGUUGAGUCAGCGAGACGUCACCUGGCAGUCGCUGAGAGACUCCGUUGUGGUACAUACGGGGUGGUAGGAGCAGUGGCGGGGGCGGCGGCCGGCGGACCCGUGGGGCUCGCGUUAGGACUCAAGGCGGGGGCCGCGGCUGCACUCGCCUCCUCACUAGUGGGAUAUAUAGCUGGCAGAGUAUUCGGGAGAAAGAGACAAGCUCAACUAGAGGAGAGCACAGAUACAAAGACGAGUGACACAGAACAUAGACAAGAUGUGCAGCCAGAGACAACACGGAGAGAUGAGAAGAAGGUUCGCUAA